AUGUAUAGCCGCCUGAAUGCAUUCCUCAGCACCUCUCGACCUCCCCCAUCAAUAGCCAUAAAUAACCCAGCCCAACUAACACCAGGGCUCUCAAGUCUGAUCCAUUGUGGUCAGAAUACAACACUGAGACCACUCCUGACUAGCCUCAUGGUCCAGCUUAUCUCCACCUGGGCAUCCACAGUUAGUCUACAAAGACACAGUCUGAGGUCUCCAGAGGAGUCGGAGGAAGUCUGCCAACUUGAUGUGCAGAUAGAUAACUGUAAGGAAAGCCAAGACAAACCUCUCCAGAACACUGCAUUCAUAGGCAAGGAAACAUCGAGGGAUAAAUGUGGUCAAGAAUGCAGAACUUGUCAAAAAAUUUGUCUGAACACUGAUUCCAUUUCUGUAAGACACAGAUUCCCUCAAUCUUCUUCAUGGGGGAGGUGUUCAAAACAUAAUUUAAACUUUCUUAGUCAAAACAGAAGCUGUGAAAGAAAGAAAAAUGGUGGCUGUAAGUUAUGUUGGAAAUUAUGCCUUCAUUCUAAUCAUGAUAAAGCUCAACCUGCAGAGAAAUUCUUUGAACCUAAUCAGUAUGAAAACAUGCUCCACCAUAAGGGAAUCCUUAAUAAAAGUCAGAGAGUUAAAACUGGGGAGAAACUCUAUAAAUGCUCCGAAUGUGGAAUGUUUAUACAGAAAGCAAACCUUGUUGUACAUCAAGGACUCACACAGGAGAAAAGCCUUAAGAAUGUUGUGAAUGGUCAAAAGCCUUCAGGCACAGGAGAAAAGCCUUAAGAAUGUUGUGAAUUGAAAAAAGCCUUCAGCCAGAAGUCAACCCUCACAGCACAGCAGAGAACUCAUACAGAGGAGAAGCCCUGUGAAUGCAAUGAAUGUGGGAAAACGUUUAUCCAGAAGUCAACUCUGAUUAAACACCAGUGAAUUCAUAUGAGAAAGAAACCAUUUGUAUGUAGUGAAUGUGAAAAAGUGUUUUAGAGCAAUUAUCACCUCAUUAGACAUGAAAAAGCACACAUUAGGAAAGCAUUAAAAUGUGUCAAAUGUGCUAAGUUGAGCCUUAUAUAUCAAAGGACCCCGAAUGAUUAGGAACCUGAGUGGAGUGAACAUGGGAAAGCCUUUGAUGAGAAGCCUACUCGUACUACAAAUCAUAGAACUCACACAAAAGAAAAAUCUUAUUAGUUCAAUAAAAGUGGAAAAAGCUUCAGGGGAAAGUCACAACUCUCUGUUCACCUUCAUACAGGAGAAAAAUCUUAUGAAUGCAGCAUACAUGGGAAGACUUUUAGUGGAAAGUUACACCUCUCAGUUCAUCAUAGAACUCAUACAGGAGAUAAACCCUAUGAACGCAAAAGAUGUGGCAAAGCCUUUGGUGAGAAGUCAACCCUUAUUGUACAUCAGCAAACUCAUACUGGAGAGAAACCCUAAUGCAAUGAAUGUGGGAAAGCCUUCACUGAGAAGUCACCAGGAGAGAGACCCUAUAAACACAGUAACUGUAGAAAAGUCUUCAGUAGGAAGUAACUCAUCGAAUGUCAGAGGACUCAUACAGGAGAGAAAACAUACAAAUGCAGUGAAUGUGGGAAAGCUUUCAGUGUGAAAUCAACUCUCAUUGUACAUCACAGAACUCAUACAGGGGAGAAACCUUAUGAGUGUAGGGCCUGUGGAAAAGCCUUUAGUGAGAAGUCAACUCUCAUUAAUUAUCAUUUAGGAAAUAAAACCUAUGACUAUACUUGA